CAGGGGAAGCGCGAGCGAGAACCGUGUGGUGCGUAGUUGUUUCCGAAGGGCAGCAAAGGAAAAGGGUUAGCCAUGUCGUCUUUGGUCAGAAGGAUAAUCAGCACCGCGAAAGCCCCCGCGGCCAUUGGUCCCUACAGUCAGGCUGUGUUAGUCGACAGGACCAUUUACAUUUCAGGACAGCUAGGCAUGGACCCUGCAAGUGGACAGCUUGUGCCAGGUGGGGUGACAGAAGAGGCUAAACAGGCUCUGACAAACAUAGGUGAAAUUCUGAAAGCAGCAGGCUGUGACUUCACGAAUGUGGUAAAAGCAACGGUUUUGCUGGCUGACAUAAAUGACUUCAGUGCUGUCAAUGAUGUCUACAAACAAUAUUUCCAGAGUAGUUUUCCGGCAAGAGCUGCUUACCAGGUUGCUGCUUUGCCCAAAGGAGGCCGUGUUGAGAUUGAAGCAAUAGCUGUGCAAGGACCUCUGACGACAGCAUCACUCUAAGUGGGCCAAGUGUUAUUUAGUCUGGAAAUUUAAUAGUAUUUUUAAACUAAUGGCUUAAUCCUUGUUGGAAAGUAGAAGGUUGAAAUAUCUGAAAAUAUUAUGGAAAUACCAUAUAAUAAGGGAAAUGAUAUGAAUUGAAGAUUAAUGAUGAAUCUAGUUACUAAUAUUACAAAUUAUACUUCUGUAACACUUGUAUUGCUGGAUGUGGGAAAACAGACAUGCCUUACUGAGUUAACUCAGAAGAAUAAAAGUAGAAGGAAAUAACAUGUAGGAAAGAUGAGCUACUAUGCCUGAAAAGUAAGAAAAAGCACACCUAAUUCAACUAAACCCUAUUAAUUUAAUGAUGGGAAGUAUUUUAUUAUGUCAGAUAUGUGAUUUUUGCUUGAAUAAAACUAAAGCAUUUAAAUUUGAAUGGCAGAUAUAAAGGAGAAGAAACUGGACCAAAUUUUAUAUAGAUAAUAUUUUUCUAGUGGAAAUAAAAUA